UUGACCACACCUAGAUCCUGUGCCAUUUCCAGCUAUUUAAAAAAUAGAAAAAAGUAGAAUAGAUGAAAAGCUUUUCUUUUUUUUAUAUGUUUCCCUCCUCCUAUGUGGUGCGUUUGUUUGCGUGGCGGCGUGUCCCGGCGGUGUAACCGGAGAGAGGGGCCUCACUGAGAGGGAAUGCAGGACUGCAAUGGAGCACAAUGCAAUACAGUGGGUGGGUGCUCCCUCCUGCCAGAGAGGCAGCUACGCCUUCUACAAGUCGGUGAGCAGCAGAGCUCAGCCUGAUGGGCCGCUCCAGGUGUGGAAGCUCGGGGAGUUCUACUUCAUCCAAUGCGGACCACAGGAUCCCGUCUGCAUCGCCGAGGUGACCUUGCUGUGGGAAGAUCAGGCUCGAUGCCACCUGCUGGCAAGCGCCAGACUCUACUUCCUGCCUGAGGACACUCCAAAGGGCCGAACCAGGGAGCAUGGAGAGGAUGAGGUUCUGGCUGUGUCCAGGAAGAUGGUGGUACGGGUGGAAGACCUGGUGAAAUGGUCACGUACAGAGCCAGCAGGGUGGAGCAGCAGCCUGAUGCCUCCACCGGCUGAGAUGAAUGGUGUCCACAAACCUCCACAGAGCAGCGACGGCAGCACCAGCACUGACGCGCUAAACGCCAGCGGUGAGCUGCUGAAAGUCAAAACGGAGGAUGACGCGUUGCAGCGGCAGACCAUCAAAGUGCUCAGCUACCCACAGUACUGCCGCUUCCGCUCACUGCAGAGACGGAUCCAGGACAGAGCGAGGGGGCCCUCGCUACAGGACCCCCACCUGCUGGCCCUGGGGGGCAUCAAGGUGCUGCCCAACGUCAGAGUCAUGUACUGCAGGGACACCUUUAACCACCCGACGCUGGAGAGUAGCGCCUGCUUCUCCUGGCAGUUCAGGUGUCCAUCUCUGAGUCUCCGAGGACGACCUCGUAAGAGGAAAGGCCGCGACAGCAAAGACUCUCCGACAUCCGGCCAACCAGAGUCCUGGAUUGAAAGGAUGAAGGAGAAUGUGAUGGGCAGCGUGGAGGUUGGCUGUGAGGGCAGCUGGCUCCCCCACCCAGAGGAGCAGCUGUUCCUGGAUCAGCUCUUUUCCUUCAUGGUGCGUCAAGGCUCACCAAUCCACAAAGUUCCCAACCUGGGCUUCAAGAAGAUCGACCUGUUCCUCAUGUACUCAGUGGUCAAACGGCUGGGUGGCUAUAAAAAGGUGACCUCAGACCGCCUGUGGAAGGUGGUUUACAACGAGCUUGGUGGAUGUCCAGGCAGCACCAGCGCCGCCACCUGCACCAGGAGACACUACGAGAGGCUGAUGCUUCCAUAUGAAGAGCACCUCAGAGCAGGAGGAGCAGAUUUUAAAAUCCCUGACGUCCCCCUACCGUCCAGACCCAGAGGGAUACGAGGGCGGAAACCUCUUCCCAGAGGCAGGAAACCCGGACCUAAACCCAAGGAGAAGAAGGCUGUUGCUCCUUCGCCUUCAGCUGUUCCUUCUACUAUUGUGAGUCCUAACGGCACUGUGGUGGUGAAACGAGGCAGAGGCCGACCGCCGGGAACCCGAAACAAAUCCACCCUAAUCGCUCAAGCCAAACUGCUGGCUCAGCAGCAGGCAAAAACCAAACCAGCGGCAGUAGAGUUGAAGCAGCAGAAUCCUCUGCUGCCACCUAAAGGCAGAGGAGGACCGACACUCAGCAGCAUGCACAGGCCCAUCCAGCCGGCCAUCCUCCCACUCAGCAUGCCCCUCACCCCAGACCUCUCCCCCAUGUCUCCUUCCUUCCUCCCCUUCAAAUCACCAGAGCUGAAGUCAGACCGAGGAGACUGUGCAGCUCCUUCCUCUGGUGUGCUCCUCUCUGCUCUGCCUCACUUUGUUGGAGGCUCCUUGAGUGGUUUCAGUCCCAUCAAAGGUGUGUGUCCUCUGGAUGUCUUCAGGGGCCGCAUCAGCCUUCAGAGAGGUCCCGACAGCCCAGCCCUGACCCCUCAGGACCCAUCGCAGCUCCAUCCGAGCAUCUUCACCCUCCAGUCAAAAGGAGGGACCCCGGACACCCCUCAUCCCAGCGCAGAGCAGUCGCAAACUCAGCCCCACCCGCUCCACCAGCACCACAACCACUGCUCUGGCUGUACCCUGGACGAGGGGGGCCAGAGAGGAGCCACCAGGGGUCGUCCCCCCCUGCCGCCGCUCCGUGUCCUGCCUCUGAACCUAGACUGCAGCGUUCAAGUGUGUCAGCUGAUGAGGACUCGUCAUCUGGAUUCGUCUCAGCUGCAGACCUUCACCCGCCGCCUCUCGGAGGCCCUGUCCCAGGACCUGAGCACCAAGCCCCCCUGCUCCCCCAUCACCCCUCCCCCCGAGCAGGCGCUGCCCCUGAACCUCAGCAAACGCUUACCACCCAAAAGAACCAACACUGAAGGACCAGAGCAGAGUCUGCAGACCGUCAACGGAAACGCAGAUCCAUCGUCAUCCAAGAGAUACCGGACCAGCUUCCAGGAAGCCCAGGAUUUCAGCCUCGGGGGCCGCUCCAGCUCCGGAACAACCUCUGGUGUACAGAACAUGGAGGUGAGGAGCCAGGAGGAGCCUGCGGACCUGAGCUCCCCCAGCAGGAUCCGGGCCUUCCUGCUUGGACUGCCGCCCUUCCAGGUGAAACUGGAGGAAGAUCUGAACGGCACAAAGUUUGUGAAAAUUCCUCCUCCAGCUGAAACCAAAAGGACUGAGGUCGGAGAGGCAGGCGUGAGGACGGAGGUAACGCUGGAGGAGCCAGUUGGAAAGGAGCAAACGGAGCGAGAUCCAACCCUGCAUUCUAGCCCCGGUCCUGCUGAGCUGAAAGGAGCAGGACCAUCCAACAUGGACACACACUGUUUUUAAAGUUAUUCCCAUUGUUCAGGAUCCCAUCGCCUAUGUAUGAGUAUGGAGACUUCUCUUCAUCAUCAGGUUCCGUGUUUGCCACAGGAGGCAGGGAUGUUGGCUCGCUAUCUUUCUGUUUUCUUUGGAGGAACGUCAUCAAACAGAAUCAUGACAAUCACAGAUGAGUUUCAGUUCAAACAAAACGAGAGCAAAUUUCUUUCUGAACACUGCCAUAACCCUCCGCAACACUAUAAACUUCUCGAUGUUCCGAUAAAAACUGAAGCGCAUCCACAACAGUUAUAUAAGAUAAGAUAUCAUGUAUGGUGAUGCUAUGCAUCAUGACUCCUCCAACAGCAUCCACGGUAUACAGUCGUCUGCUAGUCCCAUUUUUAAAUUGUUCUCUACGUCUGUAGGGAGAGACUUAUUUUCUGAUAAAGUGUUUAAAUGUAAUCUAGGGCUCGAAAUGAAAAGCUGUCUUCACAAUGUAUUCAGUUAAAGUGAAGCAUUUUAGUCGUGCUCGUUAGCUGAAAUAAACGUACACAAACGUGCCUUAAACAGCCGGUGACCUGCGUCAUCUCUGGCUUCACCUACAUCACGCUCAGAGAGGUACCUUGAUGUUUCUGUUGUCUUCGUUCAACAACAGAUCCACCAAUCAGGUUCACCCUCAUGUCAGCUUGCUCUCACCUUCAUCUCUGUUCACAUUCUUAGACCCCACAUGUAGCUUCAACAGUCAGACUACCUCAGGUUCUUUGGUUUUUCCUCUUCUUUUUUUUUUGCCCCCGUUUAUGGAUCGGGAAACCAUCCUGACAUGCUUGGCACGCUCAGAAUGAAUCACGACAUGUGUAGCAUCUUUGAUCUUCAGCGGGUUUUCAGGAUGAGGCUGGUGUCAAACCAACAAGUUUCCACACAAAUCUUCAGUGAGAGCAAUUCCGCCUCGGAUCUGAUCGUAUUCGGAUUCGUCCGCUGAACAGCUGCAUCUCUGUAAAUUAUAGGUUAAUUACACACAGUGAUAAUGUUCAAGCUUUUAUUUCUUAUUAAUUUUGUUUCUGAGAAAAUCUGACCAAUAUAAAAACAAAUUAUUUAAAAUGUGGACCUUCUGAAAAGUAUUUCCAUAUACGGGACAGCAUACACACUUAACGUCGUCUUGACAGUACCCCAUGUGCUUCUUUUCCAGUCAUGGUUCCGUUACUGUACAGCUCCGCUCUGCUCAAUUUCACUCUACUCUGCACGAUGUUGUGCUUCCAUUGACAGCUGGAGCUGUGGCUUGAAGCACCGCCUCCAACCAUCAGCACUGUGCCGCUAUUAGGUUGUAGCCCUUGUCCUCUUGUAGCUCUGAUUCCACCUGCAGUCCAUACCUUGUGAAUCGCUCUCAAACUCUUGGACUUUCCUUUACCCUCUUCUCAGUGCUGUAGUUUUCCCUCCACUAAGCUUUCCGUUUAGAUGCUUUGGUAUGAAACUUUGUGAACAGACAGGUUCUGUAGCAAUGACCUUUUCUUGCCUGCAAAUUCUUUUGGAGGGUAUCGAUGUCAGUUAGACAACUGUGACGUCAGCAGUCAUGAUCGUGUUGUGGGUAACGUAACAUAAUAUAACCAUAAUCAUCAAAACCAUCAGAAAUAAAUGCUUGAAAUAAACCACUUUCUGUAAUGAAUCUAUAUAAUAUUAGGAGUUUCACUUUUUGAACUGGAUUGUCAACAUUAAAUCUCACUUUAAACGUCUUCAGAUGCACCUGUAUUUACAGGGAUCUCAGCUCGUCAGAUAAAGCGUUUUGUUAAAAAUGAGAAACUGAAACGUGCAUCCAAGAUGCCGCUUUUGGCUUCGUUCUUGUUCUCGUACAUCAAGGUAUCUCUUUAAAUCAGUCUUUCCUGUUCGCUUUUACACCACAUAUGCUGGUUCAGAUUUGCACACCUACUGUACUGCUUUUGCGUUCUAACGCCAGUUAUAUUUUACUUUCUGCCAUAAUUUCUCUUUGUUUAUAUUUGACUGUUUAACCUAAUAGGUGCUGUUUUUUUCCUAGUUAGAUGUUUGUUGCCUAGCUCAUGGCCAUAUUGUUGUUGGCUUGCUCAAGCCCCAAAAAGUCUUCACCUUGCAAGUCAGAAAAAGUUUAAUGGGUGCAAAAAUUCACAUUGGUUUGUCCACAGAGGAAAUAUUUUAAAGAAAUAUUUUAAAACAUAAAGAUGUGCUUAUUAAUGAUUAUUUUUGUCAGAUUUGUUUGACUGUUGUUUCAAUGUCGAGCAGAAAUAUUUGUGAAUGAUUGCAUGAAAAAUAAUGUGUACUCCAUAUAUGGGCAGACGCACCAAAGUGCUCCACCAGACUCCUUUAUAAUUCUGUUAUUGAUAGUAUUUUUACAAUUUUGCUUUAUUCAUUUUUCUGUUUUCCUACUUUACUGUAAAGAAAAAAAUUACUGAAAACAUUAAUAGCUACAAAUGUCACAUUUUCUUCAUUGCAGUAAUAUUGUUUCACAACAGGGUAACUACUGUAACUACUGUCUCGCUUUGCUUCAUCACUUCAGUAAACCUGUAUUUAUUGUUA